AUGAAACGACCAAGAGAGCCAAAGAUGAGCAACAAGCCACCCGUUGUAGUGGCCUCCACCAACCCUCGUGGAUCGAUCAAGCUCAUCUUUUCCAAACUAUCAAAACGUGAUUAUAUUCUCUUCAUACCUGCCAUUGCAGCUUCAAUAGGUGCCGGUGUCAUACCCGCCCUCAUGGCAAAAGUGAUUGGAGGUGCAUUCGAUGCAUUCACGCAAUACAAUCGAGAACAAUUGAGUCCUGAUCUGGUUCCACAAUCACAGAAAGAUGCAUUCAUGCAUUCGAUCGUUGGUGUGAUUUGGAAAUUUUGCGCUUUAGGUGUUGGAACACUGAUAUUAAGUACAACAAUGAUAAGUCUUUGGAUAAUUAUCGGCGAACGAGUCGCAAAAGAAUGGCGUUUGGAAACAUAUGCAAAAAUGGACAAGAAUGAAAUGAGUUGGUAUGAAGUUACACUUUCAAAGAAUGCAGGAAUAAGCUCUACCGCAGAAGGAGGAAGUGUAGGUGCAGGUGGAUUGAUGGCAAAGUUUUCAAGAGAAACGGAUGAAAUCCGAAUCGCAGCAAGUCAAACUUCUGGGCAAAUGAUCGAAUCAGCAGCAACGCUUUUGGCCGGCUUGAUCUUGGCUUUUGUGUCUUGUUGGUCACUUACGUUUGUCGUCCUUUCCACAAUUCCUGCAAUGAUGGUCAUGGUACACUUUGUUCAAAAACGUGCAACCGUUUGGCAUUUGAUGGAUAUGGAAAAUAUGGCAAAAGCAGGAAAAGUGUUGGAACAAUCUGUUCAAGCGAUCACAACUGUCAAAGCUUUGAAUCUACAGUCCAGGCAAGUACAUGAGCUUAUGGAAUCGAUUCACAAGACCAUUAUUGCUUGGAAUAAGCUUGCAUGGAUUUAUGGUGGUCGUUUGGGUGUGAUGGCUUGGAUGGGUUUGAUGAUGUUUGCCACAGGUUUUUGGUACGGUGGCUACCUGGUUCAAUCCAACAAAGCAUCGCCAGGUCAAAUCUUUACCACGUUUUGGAGUUGUGUAAUCGUUGGUAAUACUGUCGGUCCAAUGAUUCAACGUCUCACGUUCCUCGAAUUAGGCAAGGUAGCAGCCGCAAGCUUGACAAAGAUCGUUCAACCUGCAGACGAAAAAGAUCGCAUGAAAAUACAAACUAAACCUCAAAUGGAUGAAACAGCUUCAUUCAAUGACGGUUUUGAAUCAGCCAUACCCGGCCAAGAACAUUUUGUUGAUUCCCCUCAAGGUGACUUUGAUGAUAUGGUGACUCGCAUCAAGAAACGUGUGCCCUCGAUCGAAUUGGGACUACCAAAUACACCUACCUCCAAAUCGUCUUUCUACUCCGAUGACAAAUCGACCCGCAGACUUUUGAAGAAAAGGUCGAAAUUGUCACAUUUGCCUCUUUCACCCACAUUUGCUCGACCGAUGAAGCGUAUUUGGCCGACAAGAUCAUGUGAAGGAGAAUUGGAUUUGCAACACAUCACUUUCGCUUAUCCGUCCCGGUCGGACGAUAUUGUCUUGAGUGACGUUAGCAUGUUUAUUCCCGCAAAAGAAACGACGUUCAUCCUGGGACAAAGUGGUUCGGGUAAAUCGACAAUUUCCCAUCUUCUACUAGGUCUCUAUGACAGUUAUCGUGGUUCAAUGUUGCUGGAUGAGCAAGACCUGCAAUUCUUAGAUCCAGUCUGGCGAAAAGCGCACAUUUCUGCAAUCGAUCAAAAUCCGAUCAUCUUUGAUAUGAACGUUCAUGACAAUAUCGCUUUGGGUUUGUGUGGAAGAGUACAAGAAGACGUUCAAAUUCAAGAAAACCACGUUCCAAAACUUUCACGGAAACGAGUGAUUGAGGCAUGCAAGAUGACUUUGUUGGAUGCAGAUAUUCGAAAGAUGCCAAACGGAUACGAUACAAAGUUGGGCGUUGGAGGAGUAGAUUUGAGUGGUGGACAAAAGCAAAGAUUAGCACUUGCAAGAGCGAUCAUACGUGAUCCUACCGUGUUAAUACUUGAUGAAGCAACGAGUGCCUUGGAUAUCACAAACAGAUCUUUAGUCAUGGCUUUGAUUCGACAAUGGCGUAAGAAUAAGACGACAAUCAUCAUCACUCACGAUUGGAAGCAGAUUGAUCCAGAAGAUUAUGUGUAUAUGAUGGAAUCGGGUAAAGUUGUUGAACACGGGUACAGGACCCAAUUGGAGCAAUAUCAAGGAGGUAGAUUUGCACGUCAGAUUGAGGAAGAGCGACAUGAUGAAGUAGCCAAGGAUGUUCCAAGCCCCACCGGCAUGGAAUGGCGUGCAUCAAGAGCACUGUCCAACCAAACCUCAUUCGCAGCUUCUCAGCAGCAAUUCCUCAUGCAAAGACAGCAUCAUCGUGCUUCCAGAUGGGCCGCUAGCAUCUUUCCCGGAGCAUACAGUGUUGGCCAUCAUGCAAAAUUGAGACCACUUCGAUUACCGCAGGAGCAACAAAUUCGCAAUGUUGUACAGGAUGGAAUGCAACAAAGCUUGAAGAAUAGUAGUGUGGCAGUGAGUGUUCGGAGACCCGAUCAGCCUUUGCGAAAGAUGUGGAGUGAAAAUGAGUUGCAAGAGUUCGACGAAGAAGAAGAAGAGCAACUUGAAGUCCUUGAUAAACAGAAAGAAAAGCAAGGAUGGAUUUAUGAUGAAGAUGACAAGAUUGAAAGUGGUGCAAAGGGAGAUAAUUUCAGUCGUAUGUUCCUUGGAGCCAUACGAAUCACCUGGACAACACAACCAAGAAAGUUCGUGUUUACUCUGGGAUUAUUCUGCACUGUUAUCGGUGGAUGUGUUCAACCAACAUUCUCGUUCAUAAUGGGUAAACUUCUUGCAACAAUGGCAAUAUCCAAUGCACAAGCAACCGUUACGCAACUUUCAUCGAUCGUGCUCGGUUUGGCAUUUGCUGAUGGUGCUGCACAAUGUUUACGAUUUGCUCUCCUACAACUUUCAGCAAAUUAUUGGGUUGAAUCAGUUCGACGUGAGGCGGUAAUGCGAACAUUUUCCCAAGACAAAACUUGGUUCGAUCGGGAAGAAAAUUCAAAUUCAACGCUCAUUACCCGCUUAAUCAAAGAUGCAGAAGAUGCAAAAAGUUUCAUCAGUAGAAUCAUUGGUGAGAUGUUGGUCGUACUCACGAUGAUGUUGGUAAUCUUUGUUUGGGCAAUCAUCGUUUCAUGGCAAUUAACGUUGGCAGGUUUGGCUUUAGCUCCUGUGUUUUAUUUCGUGAUCUCCAUGCAAUCCAAGAUUAUGUUGCAUUACGAGAAGCAAAACAAACUUCAACGAGAACGUGUUGCCAAACGGUUCUAUAUGAUGAUCAGACACGCCCGUGAAAUUCGUGCAAUGGCACUUCAUCAAGUCUUUACAGCGAAUUUCGAGGAUGCUGUUCGAUGGACAUCAAUCAAUGCCUUCCAUGCUGCUCCUUACAGCGGAUUCGCAUACGGGUUGAAAGAUGGAUGCACAUAUCUUGCCCAAGCGUUUUUGUAUUAUAUCGGCGCAAUCUUGCUCAUCAAAGGAUUAUUGUCUCUUGCAAGUAUGAUCAUCGUGUUCAACUUGAUCAUCUUUGGUAUCACUUUUGCAGCACAUAUCUUGGCUUAUCUGCCGAACAUGACCAAAUCCAUCAAAGCUAUUCAUGAUGUCAAAAAAUUGUUGCAUAUGAACACACACAAUUCAAGCGAACAUGCAGGUCAAUCUGUGCCUCCUCUAUUUGGCUCGUUCGCAUUCCAUAACGUCACAUUCGCCUACCCGCAACGACCAGAUCGAUUGGUGUUGGACAAUUGUUCUUUUGUGAUUCGUCAAGGUGAAAAGGUUGCUUUAGUGGGACAGAGUGGAUGCGGAAAAAGUACAAUUACAGCCCUGCUACAACGCUUAUACGAACCAACGGACGGUGUGAUCGUGAUGGACGAUCAAUCUCCGCUAUGCAGAAUUGCUAUCCAUCACUUACGUGAUCAUUUGACAUCUGUUUCACAACAAACUGAUUUAUUUGACGAUACGAUCAGAAACAAUCUUUUGCUCGCAAACCCAAGCCUAACAGAAGCAUCAAUGUGGUAUGCAUUGGAGAUCGCAUGUGCUGCUGAUUUCGUUCGUUCAUUAGGAAAAGGAUUAGAUACAAUCGUUGGAGAAAAAGCAAGUACAAUCUCUGGCGGUCAGAAACAACGGAUUGCCAUUGCACGUUGCCUGGUCCGAGACCCUUCUUUCAUGGGAGGAAGAGCUGCGAUUCGAAUUUUGGACGAAUGUACUUCUGCUUUAGACCCGGAAAAUCAACAAAAAGUUUCAAAAAAUUUACUGAAUUUGCAAGAUCACCUUACCACUCUCAUUGUUACGCACAAGUUGGAAUUGAUGAAGGCUUGUGAUCGAAUCUUGGUCUUGCAAAACGGAAAGGUGGUACAAGACGGUCAUUACGAGCAACUUAUAAGACAGAAAGGUGGUCCCUUUUCCAAAUUAGCCAAUGCAGGCGAGUGGGGUGCUUAG